AUGACGGCGGAGAACCGGAACCAGAACCCGCGCGUCGUCGUCAACAUCUCGGGUUUGCGCUUCGAGACCCAGCUGCAAACUUUCAACCAGUUCCCCGAGACGCUGCUGGGCGACCCCCGCAAGAGGAUGCGCUACUUCGACCCCCUCCGCAACGAGUACUUCUUCGACCGGAACCGACCCAGCUUCGACGGCAUCCUCCACUACUACCAGUCCGGCGGGCGCAUCCGAAGACCCGUCGACGUGCCCGUGGACAUCUUCUCCGAGGAAAUUCGCUUCUAUCAACUCGGCGAGGACGCCGUGGAGAAAUUCCGAGAGGACGAAGGCUUCAUCGGGGAGGAGGAGCGCGUGGUGCCCAAGAACCACUUCCAGAAGCAAAUCUGGCUGCUCUUCGAGUACCCGGAGAGCUCGGGUCCGGCGCGGGGCAUCGCCAUCGUGUCCGUGCUCGUCAUCCUCAUCUCCAUCGCCAUCUUCUGCACGGAGACGCUCCCGGAGUUCCGGGACGAGCGCGACCGGCGGUGCGCGCAGCUCGCCCCCGAUUCUAACGCCACCGCCGGCGGCCCCUCCUCCGCGACGAGCCCCUUCGCGGACCCCUUCUUCGUCGUCGAGACCCUGUGCAUCGUCUGGUUCUCCUUCGAGCUCCUGGUGCGCCUCUUCGCGUGCCCCAGCAAGACCUCCUUCUCCAGGAACAUCAUGAACGUCAUCGACGUGGUGGCCAUCGUCCCGUACUUCAUCACGCUGGGCACCGAGCUGGCCGAGACGGAGAGCGGCGGGGGCGGCCAGCAGGCCACGUCCCUCGCCAUCCUGCGGGUCAUCCGCCUGGUGAGGGUCUUCCGCAUCUUCAAGCUGUCGCGCCACUCCAAGGGGCUCCAGAUCCUGGGCCGGACCCUCAAGGCCAGCAUGCGAGAGCUGGGCUUGCUCAUUUUCUUCCUCUUCAUCGGGGUCAUCCUCUUCUCCAGCGCGGUGUACUUCGCCGAAGCCGACGACCCCGCGUCGAGCUUCGCCAGCAUUCCGGACGCCUUCUGGUGGGCGGUGGUCACCAUGACGACGGUGGGCUACGGGGACAUGCACCCGGUGACCGUCGGGGGCAAGAUCGUGGGCUCGCUGUGCGCCAUCGCCGGCGUGCUGACCAUCGCGCUGCCGGUGCCCGUCAUCGUGUCCAACUUCAACUACUUCUACCACCGCGAGACGGACGCCGACGAACGGCCGCCGAGCGACGCCCCGCGAGCCGCCAGCUGCGACCCCCUGCCCGGCGCGGAGCCCCCGCGGCCGCGGGGGUCGUGCGACGAGCGGCCUCGUCCCAACACCCGCAACCUCGUGAAUAUGACCGAGAUCUUCACGGACGUCUGA